GAUUCCUUCUUUUCUUGUGCAGCCAAGAGGUUUGCAGCAGCAGCAACAGCCACGGCCAGUACAAUACUUAAGAAGGUUCCUAAAAGGAUGGCGUCCCUCUUGGAGAUGAAAGAAAUCUUCCGCAGUGCUGAUGCAGUAUGCUUUGAUGUGGACAGUACAGUCAUCAGGGAAGAAGGCAUCGAUGAGCUUGCGAAGUUCUGUGGAGUCGGAGAUGCCGUCGCAGAGAUGACCCGCAGAGCUAUGGGUGGCACUGUGACAUUCAAAGCAGCUUUAACAGCACGACUAGGUCUCAUACGUCCCUCCUAUGAGCAAGUGCAGAAAUUAAUAUCUGACAAUCCACCUCAGCUAACACCAGGAAUAAGGGAGCUGGUGAGCAGGCUUCAUCAACGAGGGGUCCAGGUCUUCUUGGUCUCUGGGGGGUUUCAGAGCAUCGUGGAGCACGUGGCCUCACAGCUGAACAUUCCAACAGCAAAUGUCUUUGCCAACAGGCUGAAGUUUUACUUUAAUGGAGAAUACGCAGGAUUUGACGAAACACAACCAACAGCUGAAUCAGGGGGGAAAGGAAAGGUUAUUACUCAUCUAAAGGAACAGUUCCACUUUAAGAAAGUAGUUAUGAUUGGUGAUGGAGCUACAGACAUGGAAGCCUGUCCCCCUGCUGACUGCUUCAUUGGAUUUGGAGGAAAUGUAAUCAGAAAGCAAGUAAAGGAGAAAGCUAAAUGGUACAUUACUCACUUUGACGAACUGCUAAAGGAACUGGAAGAACGAUAAAUUAUACACUAAAAUAAUAUAUUUAACAACUAUAAAUCCAUUAUACAAUGCAAUUAAACAUUUAUUUGUUUGCAAAGUUGUGUUCUGGACUUUUUAAUGAUUCUGGGUGUUGGAUACUUUCAUCUCUGGCCUGAAACUCGUGUUGCAAAUGGCAUCAUUCUACUCAAACAUUUUGUAAUGAAAAUUGUAAGAUCUUUUAAACACCUUUUCCGAGGUGAAAGUAGUCAGGUGAUUAUUCACUCACAAGUUAAGACCAAAGGUAGGAAAUUAUCAGUAAGUUAAAAAUACCUUAAUGGAUUGGCCCCUGGUCAAUAUUGCGUAUCUAUUGUUUCAGAAUCAUUGAAGCUAAUACCUCUACUUAUUUUGGGUAGCAAAAGAAGGGGGCCACAAAUGAGAAUUUUGUCUAA